UGUCACAUUUCCGAUCAGAUACCUAUUUAUUUGUCAUUUUUCCUCAAUAAUAUUUGCUUCUGUCAGAAGAAAUGAUUUAUUCGGAUUUUAUCUUCCGAUGAUAAAAAUGUAAAUAAUUUAUGUUCGUAUGUAUGUACAUAUGUACAUAAAUGUAUAUGUUAAGAAAAACAGGAGAAUGGUCAUCCUGGCAUGCAUCAUAAAUUGCAUAAUAAUAGUAGUACAAAGUCUUAGUGAGUGGUCAGCGUCUCACCGGAUACAUUUUGUCGAAAUGUGGGAAAAAAUGGAGAAACCUCAUGAAAGAAUUGCCCUCACAUAUUCCAGUAUUUUCGUCCCAUUCUACAAACUUCUAAAAUAUCUUGGCGUUUUUCCGUACUCCUUCGAAUUUCACGCUGUCCCGGAAAACCACGCCGGACGACGCCCACUCAGUAGAGUAAUUUACGCUCGUACCGAGAUUUGGGCGAUUUUACAUAAAAUUGUGAUUAUUUUCUACACGACUAAUUCAAUCUAUCAAGUAUUUCAAUUGAUUUGGAACCUGAUAUUUCCAAGUAGCGAUUCGAGCGCGCUUUUAAUCCUGGCCACGUGGUCGCUAGCGUCUGUUUUGGGGUUAAUGGUGGCCCUCAAAUAUUGGAAAGAUGGCGAUUCCAUUGUCAAAUGGAUGACGGAUAUGAAUACUUUGGAGUCAGAUAUUUAUGAAAACUACAAAUCUAAGGGCCCCACCGUUUCCACCAUCAUUCAAGGACACCACGCCGAAUAUCGCCGCGGAAUAGUUAGCCUCAUCUCUUUCGUCAUAAUCGGCAGCUCGGCCAUCGCCAUGCGACACUUUGGCGAUCCCAACUCCCCAAUUUUCAUUUACAGCGUGCUCCCCCCACAUUGGGCCUUGUUCGGCUUUUCUGUCGCCUUCCACGCCCUCGUGGUCGCGGUCGAGCUCGGCUUCGUGAUCCAAUUCGUCAUGGGCAUCCUCGACUUUUGCCGCGUUGUCGAAUCCUGCCUGACCAUUAUUUCUUAUCGGCACGAUAACAACGAGGAAGAAAAGGACGCCAUUUCAUCGUUUUCCAUCCUCCUCGAAAUGGACGAGGCUGCCCAGUACUACAAAAAAUUGGGAAAAUUGAUCCACGACACGAACCAGCUGUUCGGCUGGAUGGUGGCCACCCAGCUGGGCGGGUAUUCCGCGAUGGGGUGCCUGGUCGCAUUUCUGCCGAUUUACUACUGGAAGGCGUCGACCACGUUGACCUUAUCGGGCUACAUUUUGCUCCUGGUUUUCAUGGUGUUUCUGUUUUGCAGAGUGUUUCCCAACGUGGGCGGGUUGUUUGACGCGUCGAAGGAGUUUCAGCUGGGCUGGCUGCGUGGCGUGGGGUACAGAAGGGACGCCUUACGCGUGGUGGGGGGUGAGGAGGGGAAGUAUUUUAAAUUGGUGAGGUUAAGGUUGGACACGUGCGUACCGUUUGGGAUCCGGUGUGGGCGGUUCUUCUAUAUCAGGACGUCCACGAUGUUAACGUUUUUCUCGGCGAUGUCCACUUAUCUCAUUAUCAUGUUGCAGUUUGGAAAUAAAUUUUAUUAG